UGAUGCACUUGGAGCACUAGAUGGUUGUCAUGUAGACGUUUCAGUUCCUGUGGCUGCCCAAGGGAGGUACAGGAAUAGAAAGCAAGCUGUCACUACUAACAUGCUCGGUGUGGUGGACUGGAACAUGAAAUUUCUUUAUGUCUUACCUGGCUGGGAGGGUUCCGCUUCCGACUCAAGAGUCCUCCGUGACUCAAUGAGAACUGAUCGCCAAGAUGCAUUUGUUGUACCUCAUGGAAAAUAUUACUUGGCUGAUGCUGGUUACACGAAUGGGCCUGGAUUUCUAGCUCCAUUCAGAUCCACUCGGUAUCACUUGAAAGAGUGGGCAUCAAGUCAGCAACAACCCCAAACUGCCAAAGAGUUAUAUAACUUGCGCCAUUCUCGUGCUAGAAAUGUAGUAGAGAGAACUUUUGGGUUGUGGAAGAAGAAGUGGGGUAUCCUUCGCACUCAAAGUUUCUUUGAUAUAAAGGACCAGAUUCGAAUCAUUAAUGCUUGCUGUGUGUUACACAACUUUGCGAGGGAUAGGCAACAUAUGAUGGACAACUUAUUGCUACAAGAAGUGGAUAAUGAACUAGCUUCUCAGCCAAUUGAGGCUGAUGAUGCUAACUCAAUUAGAAGUGUCCAAGUCACUAACGCAUGGACCAACUUCAGGAACCAACUAUCUAAUGACAUGUUUGCUGAAUAUGUUGUGGCGCAUGCAAAUUUACAGCAGUAGUGGGGCAUGUGGAUUAGCAAGACGAUGUAUUUUGCUUUUGGUCUAGCUAGAUGUUGGGUUAGCAAGAUGAUGUAUGUUGCUUUUGGUCUAGCUAGAUGUUGGGUAUUAUGUUCUCUUUUGUGCAUAGCUAGUGGAUGGAGACUUUUGGAUAUUUUGUACAUCAUCAUCACGAGAAAGCAAUUAAUAUAUGUUCUCUUUUGUUUGUCAA